AUGCCUACAAAUUGUUCCAAGUGUGACAAUCCAAUAAGCCGAAAUAAACCUGGUACGAAAUGUUAUCAGUGCGUAUCAGAAGUGCAUUACACCUGUGUUGGUUUUUCUUCCGAUCUAGUAAAGUUAUCGGAAACAGGUGGAUUUAAAUGGGUAUGUACAGCGUGUUCCGAAUAUCAUAAGAAGCCCAACAUCGAAAGUAAACUUGAUCAAAUUAUGCUUGAUUUAGCAAAGAUGAACAAACAGCAAAGUGAGUUCAUUAACUCUUUAAAUUUUUAUGGUGAUAAGAUGCAGGAUAUCGAAAGUCAGCUUAGGUCUGUUAUGAGCCUUGGGAAGGAAGUUUCUGAUCUGAAUUCCGAACUUAGUCUUCUGCGGAAGGAGAAUAUGAGCAUGAAGAAGGAGCUCAAUGAUGUUCAACAACAAUUAAAACAAAGGGAUCUUGAGAUAGUGGGUGUGCCUGAAGCGAAGAAUGAAAAUGUUGGUUCAAUAAUCCGGGACAUUUCGUCGAAAUUGGGAAUUCCCUCCCUGGAUACGUGUGUGGAAAACUAUUAUAGAGUUCACUCGUCGUCUAAGGAUAAGCCUCGUCCCAUAGUUAUCAACUUUAAGACCAAACUCUAUCGAAGCGAAUUUAUGAAAGCAUAUAAAAGGCAUAAGAGUCUAAACACUGCGGACAUUGGUUUGAAAGGUCCCAUUUCAAAUAUAUAUGUCAAUGAGUCUUUGACAGCCCACAACAGGAAGCUAUUCUACGUGGUUAGGCAAUUUGCGAAAACGAAUGCAUUCAAGUUCUGUUGGACUCAGGACUGUAAAAUUCUUUUGAGAAAAGACGAGGGAUCUAGGAUAGUCCAUGUGACGUCAGAGAAUCAAUUGCAGAAUUUGUCCAACUAA